CCUUAAUCUGUACUGAAUUUACACUAAACUUUAUCAGAAAAACAUCACAAAUACAAGCAGUUCUGACACCCCAACAAGAGAGAAAAGGGAACUAAGUGAUGUGGUUUUAUUAAUCUAAAGAUUAAAAAGCAGAAUGGCAGAAUCUUCACCACCACGACUAAGGAGCGGUCGAUCAAACAGCAUGAAUAUACCACCUGAGUUCACUCAUGAUUCCAGCAACAUCCUGUCUGAAGAUCAGCUACAGUGUUCCAUCUGUCUGGAUGUGUUUACUGAUCCAGUCACCACCUCAUGUGGACACAACUUCUGCAGGAGCUGCCUUACACAAUGCUGGGAUAAGAGUCCACAAUGUCACUGUCCAAUAUGUAAAGAGAAAUUCACCAAGAGACCUGAACUCAAGAUCAAUACAACACUGAGGAGGGUUGCUGAUCACUUCAAGAAGAAGAGUGAAGUUGAUAAACCUGAGGUUCUGUGUGAUGCCUGCACUGAAAUGAAACAGAAAGCUCUGAAAUCAUGUCUGGAUUGUGGUGUGACUUUCUGUGAGUCUCAUUUAGAGCUUCACAUUAAUGUCCCAAAAUAUAAGAAACACAAACUCAUAAAUCCUGUGAAGAACCUGGAGGACUAUAGAUGUCAGAAACAUGAGAAACCUUUAGAAUGGUUCUGUAGAGAUGAUCAGAUCUGUGUCUGUCAGUGGUGUUUUGAGGCAGAUCACAAGAACCACAACAUUAUUCCUAUAGAGGAGGAGAUUAAUCAUAAGAAGGUGCAGCAGAUGAUCCAGGAUCGACUGAAGAAGAUCAAAGAGAUCAACCACUCAGUAGAGCUCAGCAAAAAAAACACAGAAAAAGAAAAAUCUGACAGCAUUAAAACCUUCACUGAUCUGAUUCACUCCAUUGAGAAGAGUCAGACUGAGACGCUGAAGAUGAUGGAAGAGAAGCAGAAAGUCGUAGAGAAUCAGGCUGAACGAUUUAUUAAAGAUCUGGAGCAGGAAAUCACUGAACUACAGAGGAGAGAAACUGAACUGGAGAAGCUUCUGAACACGGAGGAACAUCUCAACCUUCUACAGGAUUAUCCAACAAUCUGCAGCCCUCCAACCACCAAGAACUGGACCGAUAUUAGUAUCAACACUGAUCCAGAUGUGGAGACUCUGAGAACAUCUCUCUCUCAGCUUCAGAAAACUCUGGACGAGAAACUCAAUAAAACUCUGAAUGAGAAAAUGAGAGAAACAGAACUGAUGAGGAUUCAGCAGUAUGCAGUGGACGUGACUCUGGAUCCUGAUACAGCAAAUCCUUAUCUCGUUCUGUCUGAUGAUGGAAAACAAGUAACAUGUGGAAACACAAAACAGAAUCUCCCCGACACCCCAAAAAGAUUCACAAGGUACAGUUUCAUCCUGGCAAAGCAGAGUUUCUCCUCAGGUAGAUUUUACUAUGAGGUACAGGUCAGUGGGAAGACCGAGUGGGAUUUAGGAGUCGCCAGAGAGUCUGUAAACAGGAAUGAUAAGAUUACACUGAAACCUCAAGAUGUAUUCUGGUCUGUGGUUCUGAGGAACAGGGAUGAGUAUAAAGCUUGUGCUGGUCCCUCUGUCCUCCUCUCUCUGAAAGAGAAACCUCAGAAGGUCGGAGUGUUUGUGGAUUAUGAGGAGGGUCUGGUCUCAUUUUAUGAUGUGGAGAACAGGGUUCAUAUCUACUCUUAUACUGGUCAGACGUUCACUGAGAAACUCUAUCCAUACUUCAGUCCUUGUGAUAAUGAUGGAGGUAAAAACUCAGCACCACUCAUCAUCACUCCUGUAAUAAACACUGAAUAA